AUGUACAUUGACUCCGCCGCACCACGUCAAAAUGGUGAUAAUGCUAUAUUGAUAUCUCCAUCUGUUGAGGGUACAAAGUGCCUCUCCAUCUGGUACUAUAUAGAUGGCGCCCUUGGAGCUCUUCUCGAAGUAAUCACAGAUGAUAACGUGAUAUGGAAUCAACCAGGAUCUUCGACUGGUGCAUAUUGGUUGCAUGCAACAGUCUCGACGAGUUCAGCUAGUCCAACGUACAUGGUUCGCGUCAAAGGCAGUGUUGGCACGCCCUCUCAGAGUGAUAUUGCUAUAGAUGAUAUCAGCAUCUUCGAUGGCCCGUGUGCAGGGGCUACUAACCCACCACCAUGUCAGUUUUACUGUGAUAAUGAUGUGUGUUUGAAGGAUGCUACCUUGGUCUGUAACUUCAAAGAUGAUUGUGGGGACAGCAGCGAUGAGUUCAACUGCGGUAAGAACUAUAUGAAUUUCAUGAAAUAA